AUGGAAUUCUGGGAUGAUGACUGGUGUGCAUUACUGACAGACAAGGGAGCUCUGAAGAAUUUUGGUGUUGGCAUCCCUAUUUUGGCCUCAGGGAGUAUACCACUCCCUACACUGGAGGUCAAAGAGAGUCAAUCCUACCAUCACUUCACCCACCAAAGCCCAACCUUCAUGUGGUGCAAAGGCCUGUCACCAGGUAGUCAAAUAAAUCAGGAUACAAUUUCUGAAACACACGAGCCAAUGUCAGGGGAUGGUGGUGAGGAGUGCCCAAACUGCAAAUCCAGCUCUGUAGCUCGAUGUCCCCCUCUCCAACUGCACUCCAGUCACAAUUCUUCACAAGGGUUGGCAGAGAAAGAAUGCGAGGAUCAGUACCUUGACUCCUUCCAGAUGAGACAGGUUACACUCCAGAACAAUAUAGUUGCUGAGCAGGGUCAUGAAAAGUCUGUUACCCCCAAUGACAGUGAAGAGGAUGAACAAGCUGUUGAGAUUAUGGUGCAAGCUGAAGGUGAUCUGGUCUCAGAGAACCUGGUGGAUCAUGAUGGUCACCAAGCUGUUGAAAAUAUGAUGGACUCUGUUCAACAUGAUGAUGUUGAGCAUGAAAGUGCAUCAGUGAUUGGUCAGCUGACCAGAGCCAGUGACCUCAGUCAAUGCGAGGAUGCAUCCAGUGCAGAAGCAGGCUUACUGUGCUUCAAACCAGGGCAGCUUCCCUUGGAAGCCAUACAAAAGGCACAGGCACUUGGCAUGCACACCACUCAAGAAGCCCAGGUGAUUGCAGAUGAGUAUGGCAAGACUCUUGGGUCAAUCAUGGCUGCUGCUGGUCUUACCACAAAGGCAACUCAUGCUGAAUCUGUGUGGAACAUGCAUCAGGCUUGGUAUGCACAUACCAAUCCAAAAGCAUCUGCAGAGGAAACCAAAGACUACUGUAGGCAUCACACCAAGCACUAUGAGGACCAUAAAGAUGAGGAUGAACAUCCUCAACUGUGGGCUGAGAUCCAGAAGUAUUGGAGUGAGUGUGUCAGUGGGUCCAAAGACAUCAGUUCCAAGGCAAUGGCACAAACUUGGUGCAAUGUGGAGGGCAUACAUGUCUUCAGAUGUGUAAUUUAUAGUGGGAGUGAUGAAGCUGCAUGCCAAUCCCAAGGAAUCUUUGCUGGAUCCUCCCUUCUCAUGCAGCUUGUGAGUGAGAGGCAGACCAACAUAACACAAUUAUUAGAAUACCUGUCCACAAUUAUCAAGUAUAAAAUCCUUAACUCUGCUGCUUUGGUGCCUCUUCCUGACUUUAAUGUGCUGUCACAACCCCAUUAUGACCAUGCACUGGGAUUAAAACCUCAAGAAUACAGUGCUGCCACAGAAGAGAAUGGUAUCAAACAAGGCCAGAGAAAUGUUUCUUGGAAGUUGUUGCUUGAUCUGCUGUAUGUUCACCAGUGUACCAUCACUGAUUGGCCUGCUGGAGUCCCUGCUGUUGGUCCAGAUUUCAAUGUCAAAUGCCUCAAUGCUGAUGAACUUCAUGCUCUGACUGUUCCUUUCCUGAAAGAGUCAAUGGGUGCAGAUUACCAUGCUGAGGCUCCACUAGAUGAUGAAGACCAAGCUGAAUACCUUGUCCCUUUGCUGAAUUCAUCAUUUUACCUCAAGAAGUGGACUGAUGAUCAGAUUGAGCUAUUUCACCACAGUGAUGCAAGGAUGUGUGACAUCCUGCUUGUGGUGAACACAUUGAACUGGCACCUCUGUGUUCUUUCUGAUUCAGAUGCAUUUGUUAAGGCCCUCCCUAAAGGUGACAAGUUUAAGGAGAGAAGUGCCCCUUCAUCUUUCCCUGACCAACCUGUGUGA